AUGAACACAAUGGCGCGCGUUACUUGGUUGGCAGUUGUCACGCUCUCGGCCAUCGCGAAAACCGCGCUGGCAGCCACUGUCCUCCCGAGGGCACUCGACUACGAAGACCAAGCGUCUGUUCUAGAGUGCUUCCAAGUCAGUAACCCGGUUCUCUCUGAUAAGGGUCUCGUCUCCGGAACAGAUAUUGUUGGGCCAGCAAACAACUCUGAGAAGCCUGUCGCGUCUUGUCAGCAAACGUUGAUAACGUAUUCGUUUCAAAGCAGUUAUGGCCAUCCAUAUGUCUCCGACUAUUCUCCUCCCAGUUGUGACUUCAACCGUGUCGCGAUGAAUCUCACGGUUGUCUCUGAGGGUGUUCAGUUUGAUCGUCUCGCCAUCAUGUAUUUAGGUGACAUCGAGGUAUGGCGCACUUCAACCGCUGAGCCAAAGUCACAUCCGGGCAUCUCAUGGACGUAUUGGAAGGAUAUGACCAAUUAUCUCAGCUUGUGGAAGGGGCAGCAAAAGCUCAUCUUUGACCUCGGUAAUACCGUCAACGACCAGUACACGGGCGCGUUCAAUGUCACAUUGACGGCCACGUUUUUCUCGGUCAAGGCUACAGGUGAAGACGAUCAACAGAGCCCUGCAUCACAGAUCAUGCCUAUUUCAGCGAAAAGAGGCAGCGACGGAAAAAGCAGUGCCUUUAAUUACCCCGGCGAUACUUCUGUCAGCCUCAAGAUCCCUCAGGCCGCCGUCCGCGCGAUUGUCUCCAUCUCUGCCACCGGUCAGUCUGACGAGGAGUUCUGGGAAACCAACGUCCCCGACUCUAUUCAAGCCAAUGCCACAGGCUACUUUGGGAAGAGUGCAUUUCGUGAGGCCAGACUCCUCAUCGACGGGCAGAUCGCGGGCCUUGCUUGGCCUUAUCCCGUUGUUUUCACCGGUGGGAUAUCCCCACCUCUUCACCGGCCUAUGGUGGGCAUUCAAGCUUUUGAUCUAUUAGAGAAUGAGAUUGACAUCACUCCUUGGCUUGGUUUGCUGUGCGAUGGCUCGGAUCACACCUUUAGUCUCCAGAUUGUGGGCGAAAAGGAACAGAAACCAGGGUCCUACUGGAUCAUGACCGGCAAAGUAUUCGUAUGGACCGACGACGGCAAUCAAACCACGACUGGGCCAGCACCGCAAGUCACCGUUGACCCCGUGAGCUUGAACGCGUCUGGGGGUGGAGACAAGGGAGGUCCGAUCCUUUACCAGCAAUCCAUCAACCGCUCAAUCCGUGUCAGCACCGAGCUCACCAUUGCUGGCCAGAAGAAAAAGUAUGCCUGGAACCAGCGCUUCUCCAUGAAGAAUGACGGGAACAUUACAAACGGUGGAAAUGAUCAAUCUGUCAACGCAAUAUACGAAGGCCAAUCAACCGCCACCAGCGACUCGUCGCCGUACUUUUACGUUGGCUUCAGAUACCCAUUUGUGAUGGAAAUCACAACAUCAAAUGAGAAAGAUUCCCUAAAGUUGACCACGAAUCUGGAACAGGGCAUGGAUUUGACUGUUACCGGGAUAUCGGCCUUUGAUUACGGCAUCGGAGCCUUUGGCAACCGUCUCAAGGCCAAAGUUUCAGGUAGCGUACUGCAGACCACGCGCAAGGCCACAGCCAGCUACUACCAGGCCCCCGACGGCUCCAGGACCUCGGGCGAGUCUGAAUCGCACCAAACCUACAAGUUUGGCGGCCGCGGGCCUUCCUCCAACACGACCAGCCAGCGCUUCAGCAACCUCGCGCCCCUGCUGUACAGCCGUGACGUCAAGGUAGUGGGCGACCGGCGUGUCAAGGACGACGUUUUCGUCUAUCGCUCCAAUUACAAGGGCCAUCCUGACAAGAUGAGCGCCGGCAAGUUUGUGCAGGGCUUUGCCCCCGUGCCGAACCCGCAAAAGCCCGGCAUGGCCAAGUUCAUGGGCAAGGGCGACCUGGCGAGCGGUGCAACUGAAAACUUGGCUGUUCAGUGGCAGACUUGA